AUAUUUCAUUCAGCUUUCUUUUGACAGGACUAAGCAUAUAAAAUGCCAGGAAUUAUUUAAAUUUUUCAAGUUGAGCAGCUUGGCAGUUGUAAAUCAGUUGUCCAAGUUUUCCGCAAUUCAGGUGGCUGUGAGGAAAGUGUCGCACCAAUUGACCAAAUCUGAACACUUGACAAACAUUCUCCUGACUUGAAAACACAGCUCACAUUUUGGUAAUAGGUCCAAUUGAUUGCCAGGAGGUAUUCUAAUAAAUCCCGAUUGCCGUUUCCACCUGAGACAGCUGCCAUUGGAAGUGCAGCCCGAGGGGAACAGAAGCAGACAGGUCAAGUGAUUAGCAAGGCCAAUCCUGGCCAGAAAACCGACAUGGAGCGUCGCUACCUGAAGAAUCCCUUUGCCGAUUUCGCCGGCGGGGAGAACACACCAUUUGCAAGCGACGAGGAGCACCUCAAGAACCUGAUCUGCACCUAUGUGGACGCCAUUCUGGAGCACUGUCAUCCGAACAACGAUGAGGAGGACAACCGUGGCGAUCUGUAUGUGGGCAAUGCGGGCAUAGCCUUCAUGUUCUGGAAGCUGAACAGCUGUGAGCAGACGCGGGAUCUCUAUCCGGCCCUGGAGCAUGCGGCCGCCUUCAUCCGGAACGCCAAGUCGAAUGCCAAGCGAUACAAGAAGCGCUCUGCCGAGCGCUACUCCUUCCUGUGCGGCAAUGCCGGAAUCUAUGCCGUCUCUGCGGCCAUCUCACAGGCGGUUAAGGACACCGAGGAGCUGUCCAACGACCUGGCCAACUUCAAGUCGGGCAUCCCGUCCAGCAAGGAGUUCAUGCACACCAAAUACGGCUGCGACGAGGUGCUGGUGGGCCGGGCUGGCUAUCUAUCCGGUUGCUAUUGGCUGAACGAUGUGCUGCCCGAGAAGAAGAUCACCGACGACGACCUGAUCUCCAUUUGCCAGUUGAUCGUGACCAGCGGGCGGGAGUACAGCAAGCUGAACAACUCGCCGUGCCCGCUGAUGUACCAGUACCACGGUACGGAGUAUCUGGGCGCCGCACACGGACUGUGUGCCAUCCUGCACAUGCUGUUGGACAGCCCCUGGUUCCGCACCAUACCCAUUUCGGCACCGGCCGCCGAGCUGCGCGACAUCAAGCGCUCCAUUGACUUCUUCCUGGAGCUGCAGGACGAGGAUGGCAACUUUCCGGUGGCCCUGGAGGACCUGCGCUCGGGACGGGACAAGCGCCUGGUGCACUGGUGCCAUGGGGCACCCGGCGCCGUCUAUGUGCUGGCCAAGGCCUAUCUGAUCUUCAAGGAGGAGAAGUACCUGUCCUCGUUGCGCCGCUGUGCGGACAUGGUCUGGAAGAAGGGAUUCCUGCGCAAGGGUCCGGGCAUCUGCCACGGCGUGGCCGGCAAUGGCUAUGUCUUCCUGCUCCUCUUCCGGCUGACCAACGAGAUGAAGUACCUGUACAGGGCGCACAAGUUCAUGGAGCUGCUGACCGAUGCGGAGUUCAAGCUGCGAGCCAGGACACCAGAUCGUCCGCACAGUUUGUAUGAGGGCGUGGCAGGCACUGUCUGCUUUUUGGUGGAUCUCCUUGAGCCAGAGCAGGCCUACUUUCCGUUCAUGGACGUAUUUCACUAGGGGACAAGGACCAACACACACUCACACACACACACAAUGCUCAACAGCACCACCACCACCAUGCGACUUUCAAUUCAGGGAGAGUUACUCAUCAUUUCUAGUCACUUGUUUGCCGAUUUUUCAUUGUUGCCUUUGCAUUAACGUUGGAGUGGAGGAUGCUAGAUGCCGUUUGCUAGUUACUAGUUACUAGUGCUUAGCAGCUAGAUCCAGUUGAAGUCCGAUACCGCAUGCAGGAUUGUUCUUAGCCAUUCUCAUAUCAAAAUUCUCUGUGCUUUACGCUAAGCAAUUAACUUAAUACAUUGAUACUUAUAUACACAGACAUAUUACAUAUACAUUAUAUUUAUAUACAAUUUAUAUUAUAUAUAUACAUUUAUAUAUAUAUAUAUAUACAUACUUGCGCUGACAUCAAUAUACAGACAAAAACAUAAUACUUAAAUGCAUAGUGUGCUUUAUACCUACGAGUAAUCCACGAAGAGCUCCAAAUCUAUUGUCAAUGAGAAUCAAAUAAAUCAUUGUGCUAUUUUA